AAGCGAUAAUAUUUGCUUUAUAUAAAUGUGUGCGUCACUCUAAAUAUAAAACAAUGUGAGAUUCUAAAACGGAGGAAAAGUCUUUCCACUGGUGCUGGCGAGACUCCCGGAGCGAUGACCUUACAGGACCGGUUUAAGAUGACCUUGCAGAACCGGUUUAAGAACUAAAUCAGGUAAUAAGUGGGUUUUAAGAACUUGAUCAGGUUAUCGGUUGGUUUUAAGAACUGUCGGUCGGGUGAGCGGUUGCGUUGUGAUGGCGACGCUACAUUCCCGGAAGCGCUUUGCCCUCGUCCUGCGCGCGUGGCCUGCGCCUUGGAUCCUCCGUCUCCAAAACGACUCCGAGGCAGGAAGUGAAUCGGGACUAUUAUCAAAGCCGACGCCCCACCUAAUCUAUCCAAGGUCCGACUACCUGAUCGGUGAGUUUCCACCCCACCGGUGGAGGAAGCCUCCGCUCUAGCUGUGUUGGAUCAUCCGUCCCUGGGCUGGCGGAGAUGCUCAAUGGGGACACUAAAGACUUUGUCUAACCACUUAAUCGGAGGGGAAAUAUCUUGCAUUGUUUGACCGACAUUCGCCUGUAUACUUUAAGUUUAGUGUCCUUCCUGAUACGUGCUGUGUUUGAGGACCAUGUGGGUGGACGUCAGGGAGACUUUUUCUCGUUUCCACCAUGCCCCGCGGUGUGAGGAGCGCAUCUAGACGGCGGAGGAGAUGCCGUCCGACGUAGAGUACAGCCCGCUGCCAGCGGAGGGUUCGGGCUCCGGGGUCCACGACUUCUGGCUCUACGUGUGGAUGCGCCGGUUCUCCGUGAUAGCCUCGCAUGUCAUUGCAUUGGGUCUUACCCUGCUGAUCUCUCUGUUGUCUCGUCCUGGAACAAGUCUGUUUUCCUGGCAUCCUGUGUGCAUGUCCUUUGCAUACUGCCUGUGCCUGACGGAGGGCGUGCUGCUGUUCAGCGCCGAGGGCAGCCCCUUCUGCUUCAAGUCGCGGCAGGGCAAAGUGCGCCUGCACUGGUUCCUCCAGACGCUGCUGCUGGUGGCCUCCACCACCGGCGCCACCUUCAUCGUAGCCAGCAAGAACGUGUCGGACCUGCCCCACCUGGCGUCCUGGCACAGCCUGCUGGGCGUGGGCACCCUCAGCUCCACCCUCUUCCAGCUGGCCGCCGGGCUGUGCUUGCUCUUCCCCAAGUGCAUGCGCCUCCCCGUGUCGCCGCAGCGGCUGAAGCUGUACCACGCCACCUGCGGCCUGCUGGUCUACCUGCUGGCCACGGCCACUGUGGUGUCCGCCAUGUUCUCGGACUGGUUCAGCGCCACGGUGCGCGGGGCGGCCUGGUGGGCCUUCCUCCUGCUGCCGCUGUUCCCCGCCGCCGUGGUGAUGAACCAGAUCACCAACGCCUACCUGCCACGCAAAAAGAUCAGCAGCUAGGUGUGUGUGUGUGUGUGUGUGUGUGUGUGUGUGUGUGUGUGUGUGUGUGUGUGUGUGUGUGUGUGUGUGUGUGUGUGUGUGUGUGUGUGUGUGUGUGUGUGUGUGUGUGUGUGUGUGUGUGUGUGUCCCGCUCUGCAGCCCCUCGCUGGUGAGCUCGGUCUUAUCUAGGAUUGCUCUGUGACCGACGGUGAAGGACCCAGAUAACUAACGUAAACACAGCAGGAGUUGAACUUGCAACCGGAACAGUGGCGCACCGACUACUUUGCGUUCUUGCACACUUCUAUAACAAAGAAAAUACGACUCAAGCACAGGCUGCGCUUGGGAGGGGUUUCCAGGUAUGGAU